AUGAAUAAUAAACCUAUUCAAAAUUUAGUUAAAGAUUUUUCAAACUUACUUGAAAACUCUGAAGAUUUUGAUAUAAAAAUUAGAGUUGGUGAAGAACCAGAUAUUAAAGAAUUUAAAGCACAUUCUAUUAUUCUAUCAGCAAGAUCAUGUUAUUUUAAAGCUGCAUUUUCAUCACGAUGGGCAAAAAAAGAAAAUGGAAUCAUCAUCUUUGAUAAACCUAAUAUUUCACCAUCAGUUUUUGAAAUUCUUAUAAAUUAUAUUUAUACAGGAACAUUUUCUCAUAAGAACGAAGUUGGCCUUCUCGACAUUUUUAUCGCAGCCGAUGAAAUUCAAUUAUUUGAAAUUAUUCAACAAGUUGAAAAAAGAUUGCUUGAAACUGAAUCAGCUUGGAAGUUUCCUGAAGACUUUAUUACAAUAUGUAAACAUGACACUUUCACUAAUUUAUAUCAAACUGCACUAGAACUUGUAUGCAAAAAUCCCAAGAUUAUUUUUGAAUCAAAUGAUUUCUUAGAAAUAAAAGAAGAUAUUCUAAUUAGACUUUUAAAAUGUGAUGGGCUUAGACUACAAGAGAUUGAAAUUUGGGAAUAUUUAAUUAAAUGGGGAAUUAAAAAUGUAGAAUCUAUAUCAGAUAGUGAUUUAACUAAAUGGACGCAAACGGAUUUUGAAAGACUGGAAAAAGUUUUACAUAAUUGUAUUCCUCACAUUAGAUUUUAUGAAUUAUCAAUUAGUGAACUUCAUUUAAUUGAAACUCAAUAUAAGGAUAUUCUACCGAAUAAUCUUCUUAAUGAGACUUACCAAUAUUUAUCAGACCCUAAAAAACGGAAUACUUUACCAAAAAGAGAAUCAGCAUAUCCAUUUGAUUCUAAUAUUAUUGAUGCUAAAGAUGCAGCAUUAAUAGCAAGUUGGAUCGAUAAGAAACAAGAAAUGCCUUAUCAUUUUAAAAAUAUGCCUUUUGAAUUUGAACUUAUUUACCGUGCAAGCCUUGAAAAUUUUAGUAUUGAUAAAUUUCAUGAGAGUUGUGAUAAUAAAGGGCCAACAGUUGUUAUAAUUAAAAUCCGAAAUUCAAAGGAAAUAAUUGGUGGAUAUAACCCGUUAGAUUGGUAUGGAAAUAAUUUAAUGAAAAACAAUAGUGAUAUAUUUAAUGAUUAUAAUAAAUAUAAAUUCAAAACAACAUCUAAAAGUUUUAUAUUUUCACUAUUUUCAUUAUCAAAUGGAGCAAUUCCUAGAAUAAGCCGUGUCUCUUCUAAAAAAGAGGCAAUUACUUGGUGUAUGGCCAGAGGACCAUGUUUUGGUUAUCAAGAUUUAUGGAUAGAACAUAAUAGUUCACGAAGAUCUGUAAGUGGCAAAAGCAAAAAGCACUCUUACGAAAGUGGAAUUAUUGACAAAGACACUUUUGAAAUAGAAGAAUAUGAAGUAUUUCAAAUUAUUUAUAAAAAAUUCUCAUUUAGAAUAAUAUUUAAUAGAAUAUUUAAAUUUAUGAUAAGGUUUAUUGUGAGAACAUUUUCAUUUAUUGUGUUAAUAUGUAAAAAAGUAGUUGGAUUUAUCGUGUCAAUGUUUGAGAAUAUAUUUGAAUUUAUUUUGUCAAUAGAUGAAUUUAUUAGGAUAGAUGUGUGCUGUGGUUUAUGUUGGGCUUCAUCUUCUGCUACUGCUUUUAUAUGUUUAAUUUCAUUGAUAAUUGCUGGUGCGGAUAAAGAGGAACUUAUAGAUAUAUCGGGA